UGACAGUGAACAUCCACAUAUAAAACUACGAACAACCAGAGGAAACGGCAGAAAAGGAGGAUCGAGUCGGAAACCAGAUGCAUGAUCUCGCGAACACCCACGUUAAAAUUUCGUUUCAAAGUUUAACACUCCCCAAAUCGAAAAUUGUCAAGUCUCGCCGACGUCUGAUCCCCGUACACAGAGAUGGUCAAUCGUUAUAAAGGGUCUCGUUCGGUAGCGGCCAGCGAUGGUGUGAGUGCCAGCUCCAAAGAUUCCGACCAGGUCUAUUGCGUUCUGCUUCACGUGGUCGAGGCGAUCAAUUUCGUGGGGCGCGAUGCAACCGAAAGGGAGCAAAUAGUGAUGAACGCCGCGCUAAACACCGUGGACUUCGAAGUGGAGGGCACCCAGUCGACCGAGAAGAUCAUCUUCAACAGCAACUGCAUCUGGGAGUGCGACAUGGCGGGUAUCAAGCGCAUCAAGACAGACCAUCGUCCUGUCAAGUUGACCUUUUAUGCCUGCCGUGGAGGCGGGACGGAUCGGAAGACCGUCGGAAGCCUGCUUCUGCCAAUACGAGGCCUUCCAGUGCUCAGCACUAGCGGCAGUCAGAAUUCACCACAUCUAAAGAUGUUCUGGCACAAGCUCAUCUGCAUCAGCAGCGAGUUCCGUUCCCAGAAGCCGGAGGUCCUGCUCAUGCUGGCCAUCAUCAAGAAGUCCAUUCUGCACACCAAGGACUUUGACCACCUUAUGCAGUUCACCGAAGUGAAAUCGCCUCCCACACCACCAAUGCAGUCGCCAGGACACUCGAUAACUGCCAGCAUGCUCCAGUCCCAGGCCAACGUCUAUGUACAGUCGUUGGUGCAACUGGGCCUGCUGCAGGUGGGCAAUGAUCCGCUGGUCGACUGCGACAUCAUCGAGGUGGUGCUGCAGCUGAAGCAGCUGAAGAAUGUGUCCCGGCUGGUCAAGUCAGUCAACCAGGGCAGGGACCCCGGCUCGGUGAUCCUGGUGUUCGACUUCGUGGGAAAUGUAACCAACAUCGAGCUGAAGCUAAAUGAGUCCGAUUCCUAUAUCCUGAACGAUGUCCUCGGGCUGCGCUUUAAGACAUCCUUGCGCAGCAUGAGGCUCUACUUUCAGCGCAUCUUCUAUCUGCCCAUCAACAUGUACAUGAACGGAACCGCAAUAGCCAACUAUCGCAUGGACUUCAACAAUCUACUGCCUCCGGACAACUACUUCUCCGACAAGCAAAAGUACACUUACAACGGAUCCUUUUCAUUUAACCGAUUUGGCAGAACGGAUAGUGGUAGGGAACCCAAACCUCCUCUGAUGGAGUACACAUUUAGUGUGGAUGUCAAGACGAUACUCUCACGCCAGGGUCAUGAGGAACCGGAAUCAACACCUUCAGUUGCAAGCGGAGUUAUCAGAGAGCCAAAGGAUCGAAAAAAUACCGCAGAAACAUCACUGUCACUAAAAACUGCUUCAGUGGACAGUUUGAAUGUGGGUGCCGAGCUGUCAGCCUCAGAAGGAUCCUACAAAUCUUCGCCACCGGAGGAUAUGCACGACUCCGAUGGACCGGCGGAUCUACCAAAAACUCAGAUUAGGCGGAAAAAGUCCACCCGAUUAAAUAGUAAGGAGGGCAAUCUGGAGAGCGAAGAUGAGCAGUAUCUGGGCCAGAGAUUUUCCGCGUUGGUAGUUCGUGAGGGUUUAAUUUUAAAUGAAAAUGAAGAGGCACCAGUAUCGAAAUCUAAGGAAAAUGACCGCUUGUCAGAUGAAUCCGAAACUGAACCUGCUAGUAUAAAGUUUUCAAAAGUAGUCGAAGAAAUCAAUGAUCAGAUGAGGCCUACAAUGAAAACAACGGCAGAGGAAUCUCCAAGACAUAACGCACGACUGCUAAGAAAACCCAAGAUUACGUCCCAGGGAUCGAAGGGGUCAAUUAGGGAGUCUUCACAAUUUAAAAUCAAACCAACAACGAAUCCCAGUCCGAUUCUGGAGGAAAUGGACACCGAGAAUUUUGAAGAACUAAAUUCCCUAUACUUGUUUGAGCUCGAAGAAAAGAGGCAAGCCAAGGAAGCUGAAUUAGAGUUCAUGCGGAGGCAAAUGAUAAAGGCAGGUCAAGCAGAAUCUUUACAAAUGCCAAUAGAUCGUAAAAUAAGAAAAACCAAAAAGGUAGACAUUGAAGUAGAGGGAAGUGAAAGUAAUCUAAAUAUAACCGAUGAGGUCAUAUCGAUAUCUCCAAGUAAACUCUUCUCCAAAGAUAAAGUGAGCAAAUCAAAAUUGAAAACAGGAUCUAAAACUGAACUCAACGAAGUUCCUUUAACCCAGGAAAACCUAUCUAAAUUAAGAAACCAUACCAUUUUACAAAAGACAAAUAAAGUCUUCGCAGAGGAUAGCUUCGAAAGGAGCGAAGAGGACUUAAGUUAUGGUCAAGACCUUCCUGAAAAACGAAAUUCCCCCAGGGAAAAUUUAAGAAAAAACCCAAGAGCCCCCAAGACUGUUAAAUCGUUAGAUUGCAUAGACACAGAUUUAGAAACUGACAUAAGUGUCCUUAAUGUCCGAAACAAAGGUAAAACCAAAUCUAAAUUGAUGCUUCCUGAGGAAUUGGAUGACUUUGGAGAGACGUCUACCAGUACACAGGGAACCAGGAGACCCAAAACAUCUAAGGGCGAUCUAAGCCUUCGAGCCCGUUGGGUAGAGGUUAAUAAGGCGCAGACGCAAGCCUUGGGUGAAACCGAAAAGUUUCUGCAGGAGACCUGCCGUGCCGAGCUCGACGAGGUCCUUUACGAGGAUCAACUGGCGCUCGGCCUGGCAAAGCCUCCUAGCAAAAAAGAAACUUGGAAAAGCCAAAGAGACAAAGUCAAAAGCGUAGAUUACGAAAGCUCCUAUGUGGAGGAAAUUACUUACUGUGAGUCUGAAAGGGAUCUCGUCGAUAAUCCGGUACAUCAAGUGGAGUUCGGAAGUUCCGAAGAAUAUAUCUCUCUGUCGGAAGGCAAUUCAAGAACAGGGGAAAUUAUUUGUUCAGAAACGGAACUCCGGGAUUUACGUGUUACCUUUGUUCAAUCUAAAGGAGUGAAGAAGAAGUUAAGACCAUCAUCUAGCAGCGACCACCCAAACCAGAUGGACCCCGAGGAGUAUAUUUCUAUGUCUGAGAGUAACUUAAGAACCGCUGCUAAGAGAGAUCGUGUUAAGACAAAGAUGAGGGCUCCGGUAGAAGAGUAUCAGGAAAGCCAGGUGGAAAUAAGAACAACCAGCGAAUGUAUUCCUCAGGAGGAAGUCCGAAGAACCGACCGUGUAAAAAAAAAGAAGAAAACCACACUUGAUGUGGAAUUUACCAGUUCCCAAGAAUUUAUCUCAAUGUCGGAAAGUAAUGUAAACUCCGCAGAGGUGAUUAAUCCAGAUAUUGAACAACGGGAUGUACAAAUCCUUAAAAAGAAGAAACUUAAGAAGACUUUAAUAAAUGAAGAUCCUGUCAAUGAUUACGAAGAGGAAUCAGUUAAGCCAGUGAAAAAAAAGGUAAUCAGGAAAAAGUCAUCGGUUAUAUUAGAAGAUAAAGAUCCUGUGGUCGAUGAUUACGAAACUCUGGAAGAGGAAUCGGUAAAGCCAGUGAAAAAAAAGUUAAUCAGGAAAAAGCCAUCGGUUAUAUUAGAAGAUAAAGAGCCUGUGCUCUAUGAUUACGAAACUCUGGAAGAGGAAUCGGUUAAGCCAGUGAAAAAAAAAAUAAUCAGGAAAAAGUCAUCGGUUAUAUCUGAGAGCAUUGAACAAUCGGCAAUCAUUAACCCUACAGAAGAAGUGGUUCAUACGCAGCCUAAGAAAAUAGUUCGGAAGAAGGCAAAAACUGUGUGUGACAACCAAUUCGUUGAAGAAUAUCCGAAAACUAAAAAAGUAGUCAGUUCUCGAAAAGAGCUCAAGAAUUUAACCACCUCUGAAGAUGAUUUUAGCGUUGAACAGCCUUUAAAAGCAAUCGAUACAAUAGGUCAGCGGGUCAAGUCGUGGCGAAGGCAACAAAUAGACAUUUUUGAGCAGGAGUUGGCGCGAAAGGAGUUGCACUAUAAAAAGCAGUUGGAGGAGAUGGAGAACCAAGAGGCCAGAGUACAUCAACUAAACAAAGAGGACGCGAAUCUGGAUGAAACUUUUAUCAGCAGUAGAACAAAUGUGCCGAGCGUUGACUAUGAGGCAAAGUUCAAAGAACUGGAGGAGCACAUAGCCCUGUUGAAAACGGAGAUGGAGGCACAGGUUAGGCUUUUUGAGAAUCGGAGUGGAGAGCUGCGGCAGGAGAAUCUUCAGCUUUACACCGAGAAAACGGAACUUAAGGUCCGCAUCGCGGCCAUGGAGCAGCAGAUUGGAGACCUAAAGGCCAAGGGCUCCGACGAUGGAGAUCUGAAGGAGGUCCUUGGGGAACUAAGGACCCAGAAUUUCCGAUAUAAUAAACUAGCCAGCGAAAAGGAGCUCUACAGGAAGCGGUGGCGAAGAUCUCUCAAGCGAGUUCACGCCCUCAAAUUGGCUAUGUACGAAAGGAAUUUGGAGAGAGCUCACAACAGCAUUAAAAUCGAGCCCAUUGACCUGCGAAAGAUCCUGACCAAGGACGCCAUGGAGUUUGAGCGGGAGUACGGACAGUUUCGGAAGAAUUGUGUGUCUCCAAAAUAUGCCUUCAGCUCGCUGUCAGGAUCGGGCGACUUUUCACCUCCAAACAAAAAGCGAGUGCCAACCAACGAAUUUUAAAGACACGAUACGGAGAAGACAUUUUCCUAGAUUUUACCAAAUUAACUGUGUCACUUUUUUAUUUCGUUUACUUUAU